GUUGUUAUUAUUAUCUGCUGUCAUUCUUGAUCAAGUGUCGCAUGCACACGUCCCAAUGUUGGGCACGUCUUGCAGUAGUCUAUGAAGUUCAUUGCUCUGUACUUGGAUCCGGCAGUUGGCAUCAGAGUUUACAGCACUGUGGGUACCAUGUGGGCCGCAUCAUCCCAAUAAUGGGUUCGAGAGUCUUCUGGCCAGGGUUCCCUGAUGUGGCUUGCUCACAGCCGCUUUGUGGGCUUUAGCUGGUCGCAAACGGAGGGAAAUGACCACUGUUCUUCAGCUGAAAACCCCCGGUUGCUGUCAAUCCAGCCCUAGGCUCCACGUCCGAUUAAUUUACACAGCUCACAUACCCCUUUAAUCAAAGACUUGCAAGGUUAAAUGGG